AUGUCGUCAUCAACAUUUGCUACAGAAAAUAAUAAUUAUGGUUUACCAAAUGAUAUUUUUCAUUAUAAUAAUGAUCAGUUUUAUAAUUACAAUGUAGAAUCAUUUUUAAAAGGAUGCGAAAAAAUAUCAAUAGUCAAUUCAAUUAAAAAUCGUGGUGGACACAUAAGAAAUUAUCAGUUUUAUUUUCCACAACAUCAUAAAAAUCAUAAAGAUACAAUUAAUUAUUCAAUAGGACAUGUUAAUGAAUUGAAUUUGACUGAAAAUGAUAUUGAAAUUAUUAUCAAAAAUGCAUUUAAAGCAGCUCAAAAGUAUGUUGCAAUGGUUAAUAUGACUCAUUUUUUGGAAAAAAAAUCUAUACAUUAUCAGAUUAUCGACUAUACAGUUAAUAAUGAUAGUUCCGAUGCAGAUUCUGACGAAGAAAAUUGUUCUGAUGAAAAUGAUGUUUUCAAUGUAUUAAAUAAUGAAGAACAACUAUCACCAAACAAUACCGAUGAUGAAGAGGAAGAAAAUACAAUAGCAACUGAUGUUCCUGAUACAGCACAAAAAGUCGAUAUUCCAUUGCAUUUACAAUAUUUCAAAACAGAAAUUAUUCGUCCAACUAAUUCAACUCUUUGUCUUUUUUGGUUAUUUAUUGACUAUGGUUUCUAUUUUAUCAAUCUUGUUGUAUUGAUGUGGGCAUCAUUUGAACGUCAUAUCCUUAUUUUUCAUUCAUCAAUGAUGGCUACUCAACGAAAACGUUUUUUCAUUCAUUACGUUCCAUUAUUUAUUAUUGUUUCAUUUCUCAUGAUUUUCUAUGGUAUUGCAAUUUUUUCACCACCUUGUCAGAAUACGUUUGAUUUUACAAAUGAUCUUUGUGGUAUGGCUGGAUGUUAUGGUUCAAUACCAUCUUUUGCUUUGAUUGAACGAAUUGCUUUCGCUAUUAUACCUAUGUUUCUCAUUAUUAUCUUCAAUAUUGGAUUACUUGUUCGUAUUGUUUGGCAAAAACAUCGACUUCAUCGACCUGUAGAAUGGCAAAAGCAGAAAAAACUAGCUGUAAAUCUUGUUUCUAUAUCAUUAGUAUAUUUAUGUUUCGAUGGUCCAUUAACAAUGAUCAAUCUCGUUCGUUUAUGUGGUAAAUCCAGUUGGGCUAGUGAUCCUUGGCCAAUAUUUUUCUAUAUAUCUUACUUUCCUAUUUUACUUUUACCAAUGGUUUGUCUUGGUUCAUCAUCAGAAUUACGAAAUAAAUUAAUACCGUUUCAUUCACGACAACACCGACGAGUUGCAGUUUUAAAAAUCACACAUCAUACAUAA